UGAGUAAUGCAAGCGCUAUUCUGACGGAUAAAAGGAGUCCACUGAUCUAAUGAUGUUCCCUACCCUCCCUUCUGCUCUUAUCAAGACCAUCUCUGCUCUUCGUGCUACCCAAAUCUACCGGCAUUUCUCUGCGACAUAUUCGAGUAAUAUGGCCGGUCUACCCUCUACCGUUCAGGCUGUUAGCAUUCAGAAGACUGGUGACUUUGAUGUUAUCGAAAAGGCAACGCUGCCAUUUCCUAAGCAUGUUCCCGGUAACCUCGUCGUAAAGGUGGACUAUUUCGGCGUCAACUUUAUUGAUACAUACUUCCGGAAGGGAUUGUAUCCCCUCAAAGAAUUUCCCGCCGUCUUGGGAAUGGAAGCGGCAGGAACUGUUGUCGCGCUUCCCACCGAUGAGAAAGUAUUGAACGAUCCGGAUUUCAAGAAGAGGAAUUACACGAUUGGAAGCAAGGUCAUCGCCAACAACAUGGGUGUCCAUCAAACCUACAUUUCUAUUCCUUGGUUAAAAGCACCCCCCGUUCCCGCAUCCGUUGACACCAAGAUAGCGGCGGCAGCUGGCCUUCAGGCUCUUACCGCACUGUCCUUUUUCACUGAAGCAUAUAAUGUCAAGCAAGGAGACGUUAUUCUGAUUCACACUGUAGCAGGUGGUCUCGGUCUUCUAAUGGCCCAGCUUGGAAAGUACCGGGGCGCUACGGUCAUCGGAACGACCUCGACCAAAGAGAAAGCAGAGAUAGCAAAGGCGAACGGUGCCGACCAUGUCAUUCUAUAUACCUCCGAAAACACCGCGGAAAGAGUUUUGGAACUCACUAAUGGAGAGGGUGUGCACGCUGUCUUUGACGGCGUCGGAAAGGAUACAUUCGAAGAUAACUUCAAGCUGUUGAGACGAAAGGGUACUUUUGUCAGCCUUGGAAAUGCUUCAGGGCCUAUUGCUCCGUUCUCUCCUCUCAAGUUAGUUGAGAAGAACCUCAAAUUCCUCCGGCCUUCGAUGCCCAAUUACUUGGUCACCCCGGAAGAGUCGAACUACUAUGUCACUGAAGUGUUCGACCUCAUUUCGAAGGGCAUUCUGAAGAUCAACAUCUACAAGGUGUACCCCUUCACGGCUGAGGCUGUUCAGCAAGCACAGAAGGAUCUAACGGGAGGAAAGACCACUGGAAAGCUGGUGAUCGAUGCACGAGCGUAGUAAAAUUAAGAACAUGUGGACAGUAGCACUACCACUGCAAUGUAAAUCCUAGUUUUGAUUGUACUGCCUUAUGAGACGCGGUGAUUUCCACGGUACCUUUAAGAUAGCUAUUCAUUUUCCGGGAUCCGUCCGUUUCUACCUCUGUUUCUUCGAG